UCAACUGGAGGUUAUGGAAACGAAGAAGAAGCCGAUUGCUCUUAGCCGAAAAAGAAGAAUAGAAUGUUCUCAAAAAAGAGGUUAUAAAGGUUAACAUAUAGCGAGUUGUGAAGUAAAUUUUAGGGUUUUAAAAAUGUCGAAAAAACGAGGAAAUAAGAAAAGUAAAGAUUUAGAUGAAGAUUUUGAAGAAACUUCCAGUAUUAUAAGCGAUAAAGCGUCUGCUAAACUCAAUAAACAUAAGACUACAAAAAAGGGAAAAAAAGGAAAGGAUAACUGGAGUGGUGACGAGGGUAACGAGCAAGAAAAAGAAGUUUUAGAUAAAUCGAUUCCAGCUGAUAAACCAUCAACUAAGAAAAAGGCUAAUAAAAAAGGAAAAGGUAACAAAAAUGAUGAUUGGUCAGACAAAGAAGUUGAAAUUAAUCUGUCUGAUAGUGAAACCGAGUCAAUUCCAGUAGUUACUAAAAAGGUAAAUAAAAAGAACAAGAAAAAAAAAGAUAAUUGGUCAGAUAAAGAAGAAGCUGAAGUUGAUCAGUCAGAUUCUGAAAAUGGAGUAGUAUCAAAAAUUAAUAAACCACCUAAGAACAAAAGUAAAAAGAAAGAUGAUUGGUCUGAUAGAGAAUUAGAUAUAAAUCUAUCCGAAAGCGAAACAGAAUCUCUACCAGCUAUUGUAACCAAAUCUUCUAAGAAAAACAAAAAAAAUAAAAGUAGAGCUGAACCUGAGGAAAUUGUCAAAGAAGAAAUUUAUGAUAGCGGCAAUGCAGAUGUAAUUGGUGAAGAUUCUGAUGACGCUCCUAAAUGUAUUGAAGAAAAAAAUGAGGAUAUUAUCAAAGCUGAAUGUACUAACAUUGAUAAUGGUGUAAAUGAUAAUAAAAAGAAAGCUGAACCGAUAGAAUAUGAAGAUAAAAGUAAAGUUGAAAAAGAUAUAGAAAAAAUUACAAAAAUAAUUAGCUCUACCGAUAUAAGUGAAGACAAACUAGAUGACACAAAAGAAAAGAAACUUACACACAAAGAAAAGAAAAAACUGAAAAAACAACAAGACUAUGAGAAACAAAUGGAGACUAUGUUAAAGAAAGGAGGACAAGGCCAUUCGGAACUCGACAGUAAUUUUACUGUAUCACAAAUGCAGAAAACAGCAGGCCAGUUGGCAGCAUUUGAAAAUGCGGUAGAUAUAAAAGUUGAAAAUUUUAGCAUUUCGGCAAAAGGGAAUGAUCUAUUUGUUAAUGCUAAUUUAUUGAUCGCACAAGGUCGACACUAUGGUUUGGUUGGGCCAAACGGUCAUGGUAAAACGACUCUAUUACGACAUGUUGCCCAACGUGCAUUCGAUAUUCCACCAAACAUUGACAUUCUUUAUUGUGAACAAGAAGUUGUGGCCGACGAUAAAAGCGCAGUCGAAACUGUCCUGGCAGCUGAUACAAAACGCACCGAACUAUUGGCCGAAUGCAAAAAACUAGAAACCGCCGCAAACAGUGGAGAUUUAGAAAUACAGGAGAGAUUAAACGAAGUUUAUAAUGAAUUGAAAGCUAUCGGUGCAGAUUCUGCAGAACCAAAAGCUAGGAGAAUUUUGGCUGGUCUAGGUUUUGAUAAGGAAAUGCAGGAUCGUGCAACUAAAAACUUCUCCGGUGGUUGGAGAAUGAGAGUAUCUUUAGCUAGAGCUUUGUAUAUUGAACCUACUUUACUUCUUCUGGAUGAACCUACCAAUCAUUUAGAUUUGAAUGCUGUGAUUUGGCUGGACAAUUAUUUGCAAGGAUGGAAGAAAACUCUUUUAAUUGUUUCGCAUGACCAAUCCUUCUUAGAUAACGUAUGCAAUGAAAUUAUCCAUUUAGACAAUAAAAAAUUGUAUUACUACAAAGGGAAUUAUUCAAUGUUUAAAAAAAUGCAUGUACAAAAACGAAAAGAAAUGAUAAAGGAAUACGAGAAACAAGAAAAGAGAUUGAAGGAAAUGAAAUCAUCUGGAUCUUCCAAGAAGCAAGCUGAAAAGAAACAAAAAGAAGCCCUGACAAGAAAACAAGAAAAAAAUAGAACAAAGAUGCAGAAACAAGAGGAAGAAACCCAACAAACUGAAUUGUUACAACGUCCUAAAGAGUAUUUGGUUAAAUUCCGUUUCCCGGAGCCUCCUCCUCUACAACCACCAGUUUUGGGGUUACACAAUGUAACCUUUGGAUAUCCUGGUCAAAAACCUCUAUUUAUUGAUACAGAUUUUGGUAUAGAUAUGAGUAGUAGAGUAGCUAUCGUAGGACCUAACGGUGUUGGAAAGUCAACGUUUUUAAAAUUAUUAACUGGAGAUUUAUCUCCCAAUAAAGGAGAAAAUAGGAAGAACCACCGGCUGCGCAUUGGUAGAUUUGAUCAACAUUCCGGUGAGCAUUUGACAGCAGAAGAAACACCUUCAGAAUAUCUUAUGAGAUUGUUUGAUCUUCCUUAUGAAAAAGCACGAAAACAAUUAGGAACGUUCGGAUUAGCGAGUCAUGCGCAUACUAUCAAGAUGAAAGAUUUAUCUGGAGGUCAGAAAGCUAGAGUUGCCUUAGCCGAACUUUGUUUAAAUGCACCCGAUGUGCUAAUAUUGGAUGAACCUACCAACAAUUUAGACAUAGAAUCCAUAGAUGCUUUGGCUGAAGCGAUUAACGAAUAUACAGGUGGAGUCAUAAUUGUUUCUCACGAUGAACGACUUAUAAGGGAAACCAGUUGUGCUUUAUAUAUUAUAGAAGAUCAGACUAUUAACGAAUUAGAUGGAGACUUUGACGACUACAGGAAAGAACUAUUGGAAAGUUUGGGAGAAGUAAUCAACAGUCCUAGUAUAGCGGCCAACGCUGCAAUAGCCUAACAUGUGUAACUUUUUUUUCUAUUAUGAAAGAAUAUUUUUCCUACCGAUAAUUUCACUACAUGAAAUUCAAAUCGAAUUUAAACUUUAUUUUCAUACAUUUUCUCAGCCAAGUACUAUAUUCACAUAUCAUAAACUAAGUUUCAACCUAAAUUGUUCUUGUUUGAUUAAGUAAUGUAUUACGACUUAUAAUUUUAAUUGUGAUUACUCUGUAUCACUCGGUAAAUACGAAUAAACUUUUUACAUUUCUACCACAAACUGUUUUAAUCCUUUGAUUGGUUUUUCUCGGAUCAGUCUCUAAGGGUUAAAUCCAAACAACCAUUUUUAUAAUAGAAUUAUCAACUUUGAAAAAAGAACUUCUUGUACUAACCGCUGUUAUGAUGAUUACUUGGUUGACUUUUAGUUAAAUUGGACGUUCACGAAUUUAAAGAAGUCUGAAUUAAAGUUAUCACAUGUUAAUGGCCUUAUCGAUAUUAAAACCAAUUGCAUGAUUUACAAAUUAUUUAUCAUUGUAUUUUUAUUUUUUAAAUUAUUGUACAUUAUGAAUUUUUGAAAAUACAGAAUUCAUUAUAUAACUUUUUUUAAAUAA